AUGGUCCCCUCCACAGCCACGUCGGCUACGUUCGGCCUGCGUUCCCGAGCUCCACGAGAGGAGGAGCGCCUGCGUAUGUGCACUUCGAUUCUCAACAACUGCGGACGAAGUUCUGAUUGGCAGCAAGCGCUGUGGCUGCUGGAGGAGAUGCCGCUCCAUGAACUGCGCCGCAAUGCCUUCAGCUGCAGCUCCUCCAUCACGAGCUGCGCACGGGCGCAGCGGUGGCCCUGGUGUCUGGAGCAGCUCCUGCAGAUGCAGCAGGCUUCUCAGCGGCUAGAUGAUGUGAGCCUCGGCGCAGCUCUGCGUGGAUGCCGCGGUGGUGCCUGGCCGGCGGCGCUGGUAUUGCUGGCAGGUCACACCCCGAAUGUGGUAGGCUACAAUGCGGCAGUGACAGCGUGCGGGGUUGACAGCCAAUGGCAGAUUGCAUUUGGUAUUCUGGAAUGGAUGAAACGCCGGUCUAUCCAGACCGAUCUUUGGAGCUACAAUGCCUUGAUCAAUGCUGUUGAAGUGGCCGCGCAUUGGGAGUUGGCGCUGCAGCUGCUGGAAGAGGCUGAGCAGCUUCAACUUGCACCGGAUUGCUUCUCCUUUGGUUCCUGCAUCAGCUCCUGUGAAGCUAGUGGAGAGUGGCAGGUGGCACUGCACUUGCUCGCGCAGAUGGAGCUGCAAGGCCUACUUCUUCAGGAGGUACCCUGCAACGCGGCGAUCAGUGUCUGCGCCACAGGUCAGCAAUGGCAGCAUGCCGUGGCGGUGCUGCACGACAUGAGUAAGAAAAGGCUACAGAUUGACAUCAUUGGUGUUAAUGCAGCUAUCAACGCCUGCGCCCGCAGUGCACGAUGGGAGGAAGCGCUGUCUCUCGUGCGCUCCGUCUAUUCGCUGCGACUCCAGCGCACAGUGGUCAGUUGCAAUGCGGCGAUGACAGCAUGUGAGAAGAGUGGCGAAUGGCAGCUCGCUCUCGCUUUGCUCCAAGAGAUGCAGCAAACGUUGACGGAGCCGACGGUGAUCAGCUUUGGUGCAGCCAUCAGCGCCUGCCAGAAGGGGUUGCAAUGGGAUGCCGCCCUGACCCUCCUCAGCCGCAUCGGGGAGAUGGAGCUGCAAGCCAAUGAGAUCUGCUUUUGCGCUGCGAUGACAGCUUGUGCAGCUGCUGGUCAGUGGAGAAGGAGUAUGGACAUCAUUGAUGCGAUGCUGGACGCAGGCAUUGAUGGCUUCCAUGGUGCUGAUUACGAUCACAGUUUUCAGGCCGGAAGUUCUGUCGACUGCUUCAAGCACUCCGUCUUGACGCUGCUGUUGCAACGUUUGUCUUCAGUUGAAGCGCCGUUCACCUAUGUUGACACACACGGAGGAUGGGGCUUGUACAACUUGACCCACGAUACUGACGCGUACCACAACUCUGAAUUUGGUGUUGCGCAGCUGGAUGCAGCUGAGCAGCUCCACCCAACCAUCCAGGCUUAUCUCGAGAAUUCGCACAGGCUGCACAGCUCUGGCGGCUCCCAGUUGGGGCCUCCAAGGCUCUACCUGGGCUCGCCCUUGCUGGCACAGCAGUGGUUGCGCCCUCAGGAUCGAGGCAUCUUUUUGGAGAUGGCUCCCAGCGUGCAUGCCAAGCUUCUUCAACACCAGAAGAUGCUUGAUCCCAGCGGCGUGUCAAACGCCGAAGUCCUCCGAGCCAACUCCUACUGGUGGUUGCUGCGGGCUGCCCGACCCGAGACUUUCAGCCAAAGGGGGUUGGUCCUGGUGGAUCCACCGUACGAGCCGUACCAGUCCUUUAUGGCAUGGAACCUCCGCUUGCUGCAGUUCCUGGAGUCCAAAUGGCCCAGUGCUUGUGUGGCUGUGUGGUAUCCCUGCCUCGACGGACCGCAGCUUCGAAAUCUCUACCAGGGCCUCAGUGGUCUCGGGAUGGGCCAUGUGCUGGUGGUGGAGUUUGGGUUCCGAGACUCAUCGGCCGACUCCCUCCAAAAUUCAGGCUUCCUCAUCCAGAACCCUCCCGAGCACACGGUCGAGCACUUGCGCGAGGCGGGCGAUGGGAGCCUCGGCUGCUUGGCACGCAGUAGGCUGCCAUCCGUGCACGCCUACGGCCCCUUGGGCCUGAAUUGCACCGGGGAUCCAUCGGAAGAGGAACUUUGCGACACAGAGCUACCCUGCCCAAUCGAUUGCCAGUUCGAGGACUGGGGCGACUGGGGCAAAUGCCAGCUCCAACCCUGUGGCCCAGCCCAGCGCCUGCGCAGCCGCGAGAGGGGCUCGGCGCAGUUCGGUGGCGCCCCGUGCUUAGGCAAUCUCAGCGAGGUGGAGGAUUGCGAGAUUCCCGGAGCACCGCCCGUGCCUCCCUGCAAUGUGACAGUCCCCUUCUCUCCUGAAAGCAACAAAACCUCGGAGCCGGAGGGAGACGAAUCCACAGUGACGAAGCCACCUGCCGGAUCGGCGGAGGUGAAUCCACCGAAGCCUCCUCUGGAGGCAGCUGUCGUCGCCGCUAAAGAAGCGGCGCAGCAGAAUGCCACUCCUGACGAGCAGGCGGCUGCAGCAGGGCAGGCGGCAGCUGCGGCACCUGGGGGCAACCCGACCGUGGCAGCUGAGGCAGCACAAAAAGCUGCCGAGGCAGCGGGCGAGAGCCCAACCAAGCAGGUGGAGAUGGCAGUUCAGGCGGCGGCAAGCGCUGCUGCCCGUUCCAGUGGAGGCAAUGCCACCAAGGCGAGCACCGAGGCUGCGAAAGCAGCCACGAAGGUGGCCGCAGCAUCAAAUCUGACCCAGGCGGAGGAAGCGGUAAUCAUUGCAAGCGCUGCCCGGGAGUCCGCCUCAGAGUCGGGCGCCGAUGUGGAGUCUGUGGGCAAGGCAGCUGCUGCGUCGGCGAAGGCAGAGGGCGCAACACCCGAAGAGCAAGCGGCAGCUGCAGCUGUUGCCGCAUCGGAUGCUGCGAAGAAGCAGGGCGCCAAUGCAACACAGGCUGCCGAAGUCGCCAUUGCUGCAGAACCGCGGCAGCAAUCGGCCCCACAUGCCAGUGUGCUGUGGAUGUUGCACGGCUCUGAGUGCAAGACGCACCGACCAGCUUUCCUAUCUGAGGCCAAAGCCGCUGGAGCCACGCCGCAGGAACAAGCUUCUGCCGCCUCUGUGGCCUACACCCGCGCUGGUGGCAACGAGACACUGGAUACCGGAAGCUUCGGGUUGCCACCCGCUGUGCACCGACCGGUUGUCUCCGAGAAGGAAGCCGAAGAGAUCGCGGAGAAGGAACCCGAGGCUGUCGAGGGCAGUGAAGUGCUGGAGGUGAGCGACCCUGAAACCUUCAUGCACGACGCGGCAGCUCUCGAGGCCGUUCGCGAUGCCUUGGCUGAAGAGCUUGGCGUCGACCCGGAUGCCAUCAUCGUCAAGGGUGCGGAGCCUGCAUCAGUCUCUGCGAACUCGCCAUCAAUGCUGGAGAUGGGCCGAAAGUCUUCAGCGAUGGCCAGGCGACAAGCUCCUGCAAAAGGAGAAGUGAACAUCACCUACGAGGUCGUGCCAAGUAUCAGUGGCAAAAGCGACGAAGACGUCGUCAAGGCCGUCGCCGCGCUGGAUGGACAAACAGCUUCCAAAGUGCACGAGAAGAUCUUCGCAUCCAAGAACCUUCCUUAUGCAGCAGUCCAGGUGUCUGGUCUGGACCUCUUCGUCGAGAACAAGGCCGAUGGCUAUGAGUUCUCUGAUUUCGAGACUGGAGCUGCGGUUCUUGAAAGCACCAUCACAGGGGUGAACCAACUGAACCAACAUAGCGGUGCAACUCUGCCGGCACUGGCAGCCUGGGCUGGGCGGAUGGAGGCCGCUGUCGGGAGGCCGACUGCGAGGCAGCCGCUUUGGCUGAAGGUGGACAGAGCGGUCCAGCGGGCGGCGCGCAUCGAGUUGGGCCGCAUGAGGACGGCGCUGGAGGUUUCAGACCCUGACCAGCUCCAGGCCAUGAUGACUUGGUGGAUGGCAAGAGAUGCAAGCGCUGCUUCGUCUGGUGGCAUGGCCACUGCUCGCUUGUUGCAGGAAGACUCGGCCAGGGAAGAGGGCGAGGAGACUCUGGGAGCCCUGCUCUUCUCGGAGCGUCUUCACCGACGGUUUCCCUACACAUCCUUUUAUGGUAGAGACGACUACGCUGUGGGAGGCACUCCAUCCGAGGCGAGUGCACCGGGUGCCGAGUUCGAGCGGCUGCAGCAGGCUUUGCAGCAGAACCUUGAGGCUCUGCAGGACCUGCGAUCCAAGUUAGCUCCCUACCAGGAUGCCUCGCGCAACUCGGGUUUGCUGUGGCGCUGGGCCGACGUCGUCGCGGUGGCCUCGCGCUUCCGGGAGGCUCUGCGGUUGCCGUCGAAGGCCCAGCGCGCCCUUGCGGUGGUGCCUGCUGCCGCAGCGACAAGAAAUGGCAUGGCACUGACGCGGCGCUUUUCGGAAGUGGACUUUUCAGACAACAUUGCUGAGUUUACAACGAUUUGCGGGCUCUUCCUUGCCGCUGUAAUUGGUCUCCUGGGAUUUUGUGCUGCUGCGCUAUGGCACAACUACGGCUGGGCUGCUGGGCUCUUUGCUUUCGGUGCUGCCAACUCGGUGCUCUUGCGGAACUACUCGCGCUUGCACCUUCCGCACGUCCGACGCCGCCUGGAACAUCGACUUAAAGAGCUGUCGCAGCAAAAGGAUUCCUUGAUAAGAGAUGUUCAACAGGUCCAGCACGCCUCUCGCAAGACAGGGGUGGUGCAGGUGCGGGCCCACAUAUUCUUGCAGAGCGUCAACGUGAUCCGCAACAUCGAUUAUUUGACUCGCUGCAUCAAGACGGAGGUUCAGCGCCUAGCUUCGGACCGCAACCCUCGCAAGGCUCAGUUGAGACGCCGGCUGGCUUCCAGUGGACUGCAGCUGCUGUUGGCUUUGCUCCCCCACAGUCCACCGCAGUGGCAGCAGGAAGCCCUUGGAGGUGAGAACUGUGCUGAGUUGGCCUCCCUGCUCUACGCUCGCCGGAGAGGACUGGCUCCGCCGGUGGCUUCGGAAGUCCUGUCCAGUGGAUACAUGGAAUCUCGCAAGCGGCUCUGGUUGCUGUUCAGGAUGGUUCACCUCAGCUCCGCCAUCCCGACAGAGGUGCAGGGCAAGCUGACAGCCCUUGUUGACAGCUAUUUGCGGCCAGUGCUCGUCGAGCGCCGUGUUCCCACAGGCUAUUGCCAAGUCCUCGCGAACCCUGCGAACAGCUCACAUGCCAUGUUGGAAGACAGCAAGCGGGAAGGUGAGGACUUGGGCGAGGAUGCUCAGCAGCACGGAUCCGCGAAAGGCGCGAGUGUGUCGAGUGCUCGAAGCGUCGAAAGCGAGGACCAAACUGCGGAGAGCGAGGACACAUUCUCGUUCUGUGCAUCCACCGCAUCUCAGUCCAAGAUCUCCAGCACGUCUUGUGAUCGCAUGGGCGACACCUCGAAAGCAGUUCGCAAGCUCUUCGCGACACGGAGCGACAUCAUGCAGGUCUUGAAACGACUUCCUCCACCGGCGCUGAUGUCUCCGUCAGGUUCCACGACGCAGACAGACAGCAUCCUUCGAGAAAUCUUUACCUCGGUGGCUGUUGGCGUUGCGAAGGGCCAACAAGGCCAAAGCCAAGGCCAAGCGGGUGCGGCGGGUGCCGUCGGCCUGGCGAUCGGCUACCAGUAUGGUGAGAGGCCAUACAACCUUUCCGGGCGAGUCCAGACCACGCUGGAGUUGAAGGUGGCCCUUCCACAGGCCCAAAGCCAAACUGGCUCCUCCUCCAGCGCUUCAGGCACACCCUUGGAGGUGAAAGUGCAGCUCUGUCAACUGUCGGACUCCGAGCCCUCCGCCGUCGAGGCACUUGCGGCCUGGAGCGACCUCGCCGCCGCCCUCCCCCUGCGCUUCAACGACUCGGCCCUGAGGGUGCGCCGGAGGCACUUGAAGAAAGCCAAGGAAGCCCUGCGCUCACUCCCAAAAGGAUAA